AUGGAGGCCGCAGAGGUGCUGAAGGAGAUGGUGGAAAGAAUAGUUGAGCUCAAGGGCUCAAAGCCACAGGCCGACGCCUCGGCGCUCCAGGACGCCUGCCGCGCCGGCACCAUGGCGCUGCUGCGCCUGCGCGCGUCCUACCGCGACGAGGCGCUCGGCAGCGAGGCCGUCCGCGAGCGCGCCGCCGCCGCCAAGUCGCAGCUGGACCGCUCCGUCCUGCUGCUCGCCAACGCGGUCUACGAGAGGCAGUUUUACGAGAAGGAAAUCAGCAGCUGCACCAGCUUCCGCAGCGCCCACUCGGACGGCGAGAUCGCGCUUAUACCAGAGGCGGAAUUCCUAUCAGACGCCGCCAACGCGGCCGCGGCGGCCAAGGGGGGCGGCGGCGCGCACGCCCUAAUGCUCGCGCGGCUCUCCCACGAACUGGCCUCGCGCAAGCGCCUGACCGGCGCGCUCCGCCGCGCCGAGGGCGAGCGCGCACAGGAGGCGGCACGCGCCGCGCAGCAGAAGGGGCGGCUGGAAGCCCUGCAGGCGGCGCUCCGCGGCCUUGAGCAGGCCGGCCGCCCGCUGGCCGCUGCUCUCGGGCCCCGCGGCGGCGGCGCCGGCGGCGGCGAGGCGCUGCGCGCCGCGCAGCGCGGGGCGGCGCGGCUGCUGCCGCUGCCGCUGUGGGUCGUCUACUCCCAGUUUGCGGCGGCCGCGGACGCUUUUGCCCUGCCGGUGGGCGUCAGGGUGGAGGGCUCAGCGGAGGAGGCCGAGCGGCUAUCGGCGGCGGACCCCGGCGGCGGCGGCGGCGGCGCCAAGGGCGCGGAGCGCGGCGACGCGGCGGGCGGGCCACCAGCGAAGCGGCGGAAGGAGGGGUCCGCGGCCCCGGAAAACGGGGUUUACCAGGUGCAUCCGCUGUCGGUGGUGGUGUCGCUCCUCAAUCCCCAGCAGCAGCAGCAGCAGCAGCAGCAGCAGCAGCAGCAGCAGCAGCAGCAGCCGCCGCCGCUGCUCGAGGUGCGCUUCCAGCACUAUGCGGCGCCCGGCCUCGUCGGCGCCUGCUGCUGCGGCGCGGACGCCCGUGCGGCGGCGGCGGCGGACGAGGACGUGCUGGCGGCGCUGUUUCCUGGGGACGCCGGCGACGGGGAGGGCUACGAGGUCCUGGCCCAAUUGGCAGGGCCGGGGCCCUACGAAUUCGGCAGCGCAGCAGCCAGAGCACGCCCCUACAGGUGGGCCCAGGACCUGGCAGGUGCUGACGUCAUCGCGUCGCUGCCGCCGGCGCCCUCCCAGGAGCAGCGGGCGGCGGCGCUGGGCGCGCUGGCUACGUACCGCAGGCAGGGGCGCGUGCAGGCCUUGAUUGAGCGCCUGCAGAAGGCGCGCGAGGCAGCGGCGGCGCUCAAGUGA